UUGGCGCGCCCACUAAUCAGUUCAUCAAAAUGAGUGGAGUGACAAAGUUGCCAGUUAAUGAUGAUGAUGACAAGAAGCCAGAGAAGCAGCGAUGGGCCUGGAUAAAAUGUUAUGGCCGCUUAUUACUGAAGAUUUUUGCCGCCAUGCUCACCAUCUAUGUCUGCAUAUUGUCCUCGGAGCGUUACUUCAAAUUCUGGGUGCAAACCACAAUUGAGCGCACUGAUGUCCACAUUUCGGAAAUUGCCUUUCCUGCCAUCACCAUUUGUCCCACGCACUUGACAUUGGACAGCUUGAAUAAUACAAAUACUAAGCAGCGAGAAUUGAAUCGUAUGAACCGUCUCUAUAAUCUCAUCCAGAGCAUUCAAUUAAAACCCGUGCUCAGUGAAGAAGAAGUCGCCACGAAUUUUACAGAAUUUGAGGAUUACUACAAUCAAUCGAUAUCCGAAUUUGGCAGUACACUUUACCGUGGUUACCAGUGCAAGGAUUUGUUCAACAAGUGCACGUGGCGACGUCGUGAGGUCGAUUGCUGUAGCAUCUUCCAAAGCUUUGGCUAUGGUGUAAGUUGUUACAUAUUCAACUCGGAAAUUGCUCAGGAACCAAAUAAUACCUGGCCAUGGUCAGUGGCUACUUCGGGUUUCAAUAGCGGCCUCAAUGUCAAGAUGAAUCGCAAUGUGGGCUUGCAUCACCUGGAGAGAGUUGGUGUUAUAGUGCAGGAGCCAUCGCAAUAUCUGGGCACCAGUGUCACUUCCUCCUCGGAUGAUCGCAUUGUGAUUCCUUUGCACCCGAUGCGUUUCACAGCCGAAUCCGCUGUUAGAGCUCGUCCCGUGGAAAUGCGCUAUUGCUACUUUACAGAUGAAUUGGAAAAGAAUGGUCAAAUGCGUUCUGAGUGCAUACAUCGCUGUCAUACUAACUACAUGAAAAAAAAGUGCAAAUGUCACCUUGAUCUGAUCAUGCCUUAUCAAGAAAGUUCACUUCGCAAUUGCACUGUGAUGGAUUUGUCAUGUUUUGCCAAGUUUAAAGGUAGUUCUUUUUCCAUGAGCAACAUUAUCGAAGAGUCUCGAGAUUCUAUAUUCAAUACCACCAACUGCAAAUGUUAUCCGGACUGCAAUCAUAUACAGUAUCAUGCAUCCACCUAUACAGAUCGUCUGGGUAGCGUCACGAACGAUGGCCUCAUGGAGGUUGAUGUCUACUUUCAAGAGGAGACCCUUUUCUCUUAUUGCUCUACACUACAAAUAACUCUGCUCGAUUUGAUGGUUUCAUUUGGUGGCAUUGCAGGCUUGAUUUUAGGCUACUCUGUAAUGGGAUUCGUCACUGCCAUGUUGGAUCGCAUUGCCUGCUGCGCCAAACCCUCGUCCCGAUCACGUUAAGUUGAUACCACAGCUG